AUGCAAAGACGAAGAAAUAAAGUUAAAGAUAAGCCGCCCCCGGACCCACACCGAGAGUACUUGGACGCCGAGUCCAGCGAUGAAGCGGAAAGGCGCAGUGAAGAAGAGGAGGAUAUGGACGAGUUGCUUCCGAUGUACAAGACGGACGAAUUGAACGAAUUGAUUCGGUGUGUUAAGGAUAUGACGACGCUGAGGGGUCUGACGGACAGCGAUUGGACGUGGAAAUGCGAUAUGGACAUCCGCGAGUUCUUCCACGACCCGAGCAUUCCGGUCCUCUGCGUCUAUCACGUAGACGAUGACCUGACCACAGAAUUUUCAUUUCCUAUGGUACCCGUGCACGAGUUAACCUACUUCGUGAGACAGCCCAACGAGAUUCUCUAUCCGGGGAACUUUCGCGAGCGCAUUCUCUUCGGGUCGUUGAACGACAAGGUGGAGAGCCAUAUACUGGACGUCAUUCAGAACGUAUUUGCGCCGAUCUUCUUCACAAUCGAAACUUGGCCGGACAAUCGCGAGUUGCGGAACUUUAAUUGGGUAUAG